AUCAUUGCUCAUCACAUUCAAAUAUUGAUUUUUUUUUCGACAUUCGAAUAUAUUUUUAGGUUAUUUUCAUUUGUAAUGAAUUAAUUAUGGACAAAAUGAUCGACAACAACAAUAAACCAUUCAUCAUCAUACGUUUUAAGAAUGUUAAAUUGAUUAAAAAUGGCCAUCUAUUUGUUGAUGAUUUAUGGAUUCAUGAUGAUAUCAUAAUCAAUCCUGAACCAUUAUUUUUUGAACAACGUAAAGAAGCCGAUAUUGUUGUCGAUUGUAAACAAGCUAUCAUUGCACCCGGUUAUAUUGAUCUACAAAUUAAUGGUGGUUUUGGCUAUGAUUUUUCAACACCUGAUAUUGAUAUCAAUCAAGCGCUACAAGUGGUCAGUAAAAAUCUGGUUCGUUAUGGAGUGACAUCAUUUUGUCCAACAUUAAUCACACAACCAUCAUCAAAUUAUCGUAUGUUAUUACCUCAUAUGAAACGUGGACCAAUCAUUGGUGGUGCAAAUAUUUUGGGUAUUCAUGUUGAAGGUCCAUUUAUAAAUCCAGAGAAAAAAGGUGCACAUCCUGAACGACAUAUUCAAAAUGAAAUCAAUUCCAUUGAACAAAUUGAACAAUAUUAUCAUGAUCUAUCAAAUGUUUCGAUCAUAACAAUAGCACCGGAAUUGGAUAAGAACAAUGUUUGUCAACAACUUGUUAGUAAAGGAAUUGUAGUAUCUUUGGGUCAUUCAAAUGCUUGUCUUGAUGAUAGUGAACGUGCAUUCCGUAAUGGAGCAUCAAUGAUAACUCAUCUAUUCAAUGCAAUGCCAUUAUUCCAUCAUCGUGAUCCUGGUUUAUUAGGUCUAUUGACUAUCGAUAGUGAACGACAAAUGUACUAUGGUAUCAUAGCUGAUGGAAUUCAUACACAUUAUUCUGCAUUACGAUUAGCAUUCUAUGCAAAUCGUGAUGGAAUGGUUCUAGUAAGUGAUGCUAUAUCGGCUGCUGGUCUUGAAACAGGCAUACAUAAAAUUGGUUCCGAAAUGAUUGAAAUCAAAAAUAAUCGUGCAUAUUUGGCCGGUACAAAUACACUUUGUGGUUCAAUUGCAACACUUGAUCAUUGUGUUCGAUAUUUGCAAACAAAAGUACCAGAUUGUUCGAUAGUCGAUGCUAUUGAAUGUGCAACAUUACAUCCAGCAUGUGUACUUGGAAUUGAACAUAGAAAAGGAACAUUAGAAUUUGGUGCCGAUGCUGAUUUUAUCAUACUGAAUGAUCAGCUAGAAAUUAUGGCUACAUUUGUAGCCGGAAAAUGUGUAUUCAUAGAUUAUGAAAAAAUGAAACAAUCAAAAAUUGAAAUGAACAAAGUGUUUUGCAUAUGAAAUUUUUUUUCUUUUCUUUUCUGAAUUUUAAUAAUAAUAAUAAAAUCGAUAGAUUAGCUGAUGAUGACGAGCAAAUAA